CAGGUGUGUGUGUGUAGACUCAGACUCAGAAGUAGGUGGGUUUUGUGUGUAGACUCAGAUUCAGAGCAGUAGGUGAGUUUUGUGUGUAUCUGUGUGUGUAGACUCAGACUCUUAGAGAAGUAGGUGGGUUUUUUGUGUGUGUGUAGACUCAGAAGUAGGUGGGUUUUGCAUGUGUACGUGUGUGUGCACUCAGAGAAGUAGGUGAGUUGUUGUGUGUGUAUAGACUCGAAAGUAGGUGGUGGUGGGGGCUACAUCUUGCCUUGGCAAGGCAAGGGUCUUAAUGCUAGGUGUGAUACCUGCCUCCAGUUGCUCCUGGCUGUGAGGGUGGUUUGCUGUGGCGUGUGUGGCACGGAGAGAGCCCGCUUGCCUCUGGCACGCUCACUCUUUCUUUCAAACCCUCUGAGAGUUGCUCUGGGCAUCUUCCAAGGGGACACAGCGGCGACUUGUCUCCGGGUUGGGGGAAGGAAGGAGCUCUGCAGUCAUCCCAGUGAGCGAUGUGUUUUAUGUAUCGCUUGCCUUGCUCUCUAAGUUCUGCCAGGACGUCAUGGCUUUGAUGCCUGUUGUGGAAGCUCUUGGACAUUGAACUUGAAGCUUGAUUGUAUGCUCCAACAAACUUGGAGAAGAUCUACAAUACAAAGGAUUCGUCAUGAGAAUGUGUAACCUUCCUUCAGAAGUACAUUAAUGGGGCUGCUGAUAAGCAAUCUUCUUUUGUAAAGCACUUAAUGAACUGUUUGUGGACCCUACAUUCAAUGACAUCAAGUCUCAAGAUGUUACUAAUAUAUUAGUUAACACAUUCUUAGCUGAAGAAGUCAAAGAGCAACAAAAGGAUUGAUAAAACAAUGGCUGCAGCUGCUGACGGUUUGGGAAGUAUUGCUAUAGACACCACGCAACUUAACAUGUCAGUCACUGAUCCAACAGCUUGGGCUACUGCUAUGAAUAACCUGGGGAUGGUUCCAGUAGGAUUAGCAGGACAACAGCUUGUGACGGAUUCAAUCUGCGUAUCAGGCUUUGAUCCAAGCCUUAGCAUGAUGACUGGAAUAACUCCAAUUAACCCAAUGAUACCAGGCAUGGGGUUAGUACCGCCGCCACCACCAACCGAUGUGCCUGUAGUCAAAGAAAUAAUUCACUGCAAAAGCUGUACACUGUUCCCUCCAAACCCAAAUCUUCCACCACCUUCAACGAGAGAGAGACCUCCUGGGUGUAAGACUGUAUUUGUUGGAGGAUUACCAGAAAAUGCUACAGAAGAAAUUAUUCAGGAGGUCUUUGAGCAGUGUGGAGAUAUUACAGCAAUUCGAAAAAGCAAGAAGAAUUUUUGUCACAUUCGUUUUGCAGAGGAGUUCAUGGUUGAUAAAGCCAUUUUCCUUUCUGGUUACCGCAUGAGAUUAGGAUCUAGCACGGACAAAAAAGAUUCAGGUCGCCUUCAUGUCGAUUUUGCUCAGGCAAGAGAUGACUUUUACGAAUGGGAAUGCAAACAAAGAAUGCUGGCCAGAGAAGAACGUCAUAGGCGCAAAAUGGAAGAAGAUAGGCUACGGCCUCCAUCUCCUCCGGCAAUAAUGCAUUAUUCUGAACACGAAGCUGCUUUGCUGGCUGAAAAAUUGAAAGAUGAUAGCAAAUUUUCUGAGGCCAUCACAGUACUGCUUACCUGGAUUGAGCGAGGCGAGGUGAAUCGUCGCUCUGCAAACCAAUUCUAUUCAAUGGUGCAGUCAGCAAAUAGUCACGUCCGCCGCCUCAUGAAUGAAAAAGCAGCCCAUGAGCAAGAAAUGGAACAAGCCAAGGAGAGUUUUAAAAAUGCCUUAACAGGGAUCCUCACACAAUUUGAGCAGAUUGUGGCCGUUUUCAACGCUUCUACCAGACAAAAAGCUUGGGACCAUUUCUCGAAAGCUCAGCGAAAGAACAUAGACAUUUGGCGAAAGCAUUCUGAGGAGCUCCGGAAUGCUCACAGCGAACAGCUCAUGGGAAUCCGCCGGGAAGAGGAGAUGGAAAUGUCUGAUGAUGACAGUGGUGACAAUCCCAGUAAAAAGCUGCGAGUAGAUGAAUCAGCUCUAGCUGCCCAGGCUUAUGCACUUAAGGAAGAAAAUGACAGUCUCCGGUGGCAGCUGGAUGCUUAUAGAAAUGAGGUGGAGCUUCUAAAACAAGAGAAAGGGCAACUCUUUCGUACAGAAGAAAGCCUUACGAAGGACCAACAGCUACAAUUUCUACAGCAGACAAUGCAAGGCAUGCAACAGCAAUUGCUGAGUAUACAGGAAGAAUUAAAUAAUAAGAAAUCUGAACUGGAACAAGCGAAAGAAGAACAAACACAUACACAAGCAAUGCUUAAAGUUCUUCAGGAACAGUUAAAAAGUGCCAAGGAGUUAGCAGAAAUCAAUGGCCAUGACGAAUCUCAGGCAAAUGAAGUCAAUGUAUUGACAGUAGCAUUGGUCAACCAAGACAGAGAAAAAAAUUCUGAGAAGCGAAGCCAAGGUCUAAAAUCAGAGAAGGAAGCGCUGCUAAUAGGUAUCAUAUCCACGUUUCUUCAUGUCCAUCCUUUUGGAGCCAAUAUAGAAUAUCUUUGGUCUUAUAUGCAGCAGCUGGACUCUAGGAUCUCUGCAAAUGAAAUAGAAAUGCUUUUGAUGAGACUGCCACGCAUGUUUAAACAAGAAUUCACUGGUGUAGGAGCAACACUGGAAAAAAGGUGGAAGUUUUGUGCCUUUGAAGGAAUUAAAACAAUUUGACUCUUAGUAGUAAUGGAGCUAUGCAGAAAAAGAAAUCCUAGAGCAUGGCAGGGUACAAAGUAUUAAAAGUAAGAAAUUUGGUUUUGGCACAUAGAAGUACAUUUUCAGAGUUAUCCAACCCAAUUUUAGUUACAUUUGUGACGUUCUCUUGUGAGUGGAAAUGUAGUUGUGCACCAGUUCCUAAAAAUAAAAUUAAAAGGCGUUUCAAAAUGUGACAGAUUUGUUUCCUAUGAAAACUGAAGAAAGAUAUCACAAUUGUAAGAAUGUCAAGAUACUAAUGUGUGCUACAUCCAAGGGAAAGCUCAUUGAGCAAACAGUUAAGAAACAAGAUUGCCCAGGUAUGGUUGCUAAGCUACAGCAAUGUAUAUGUAAUAUAUAGUAGAACUCAUUAAGUUAUGUUACUGAAAGUCUUUCCGUUUAGUAAGAAAAUUAAGUAAUUUUACAGUGAAGAAAAGCAUACCAAAAGAAAACUUGAAGAUGUGUCUGAACAGUUAUUGUAUUUUGUAAAUUAAGUUAUAUGCUGUACCAGGGAUUUUUGCCUUAUUGAAAGAGGCCUAAAAAUGUGAUUGGACUCCUUGAGAAUGCUUUAUCAAGAAUAUUAUUUUUCUAAUGUAACUAUUCUCCAUUAUAAGUUCUUUUGACAUGGAUUGCAUAUCAAUUUUCAUAAACAUGUAAAUAAAGAGGAAACCAGUGUUACUGUAUUGUAUUUGGUAUGUAACAUUCAGGUUUAUGCAUCAAAAUAAAUAUUCAGUUGCAUUACUGUUACAGAUUUUAUAGCAAAUAUAUUAAUUUUUUUCAAUAAAUAUGACUUCUACCUUAUUGUU